AGCUCGCGAUGGCUUGUUCCGUGGUGCUCGAGAGCCUCCGCGACGACGCGAUAGUUCACAGUAGAGACAAACCAUACUACUGCGAAGAUUGUGGCAAACAUUUCAGAAACAAGACUAUUUUAAGAAAACACAUAGAAAAUACACACUUGUCGACCGGAUCGAAAUCAUUUGCUUGUGCUUUUUGUAGCUCUACGUUUCAAACCGAAUUGCUUGUGAUAGAACACGAGAAAAGCGAACAUGGUGCUUCAAAUGUCAUGUGUGCUGAAUGUGAGUAUACAACGAGUUCCAAGAAAACUUUAGAGACACAUGUAAAGAGUCAUUCUUUGGAUAAUAAUUUCAAUUGUAGUCACUGUAGUUACAUGAGUUCGUGUAAAACUGAUUUACAUAAACACCAAACAGUACACAUUGCUGGAGAAGCUUUUGAGUGUAGUGACUGUGACUUCAAGUGCAGUGUUGAAUCAAACCUGCGACGUCACCAGAAGACGCACAAACGGAGGCACCAGAGAACGCUCACUGGAAAACAGCUUUACGAAUGUAGUCAUUGCGACUACAAGUGCAGUGCUAGUUCUGUGUUACGUAGACACGAAACGACACAUACUGGCGAGAAGCCUUUUACGUGCAGCUAUUGUGAUAGUAAAUUCAGCCGUAAAUCAAACUUACGAGAACACCUGAUGAUACAUACUGGGGCCAAGCCAUUCAAAUGUAGCGAUUGCGACUACAGGUGCAGGACGAAAGGAAACUUGCUAAUACACCAAAGAAAACACACUGGUGAAAAGCCGUACAAAUGUAGUCAUUGCGACUACAAGUGCAAUGGUAGGACAAGCUUACGUUGUCACGAAAUGACACAUACUGGCAAGAAGCCUUUUCAGUGUAGCCACUGUGAUUACAAAUGCUGUGUGAAAUCAAGCUUACAACGUCACAUAAGAAUACACACCGGAGAAAAGCCGUACAAAUGUAGUCAUUGCGACUUCAAGUGCAGUGAUAGGACAAGCUUACGAAAUCAUGAAAGGACACAUACUGGCGAGAAGCCUUUUCAGUGUAGCCACUGUGAUUACAAAUGCUGCCAGAAAUCAAGCUUACAAUGUCACUUAAGAAUACACACCGGAGAAAAGCCGUACAAAUGUAGUCAUUGCGACUUCAAGUGCAGUAAUAGGACAAACUUACGAAAUCAUGAAAGGACACAUACUGGCGAGAAGCCUUUUCAGUGUAGCCACUGUGAUUACAAAUGCUGUCUGAAAUCAAGCUUACAAUGUCACUUAAGAAUACACACAGGACAAAAGCCUUACAAAUGUAGUCAUUGCGACUACAAGUGCAGUCAGAGUUCAGUAUUACACAGACACGAAAGGACACAUACUGGCGAGAAGCCUUUUCAAUGUAACCACUGUGUUUACAAAUGCAGUUCAAAUUCAGAUUUAAAAAGACACCAGACAAUACAUACUAGGCAUAAGCCUUUCAAAUGUAAGCAGUGAUCGUUAUUACAAUGUCGUGAUGUACAAUAUAUGAAUGAAUUCCAUUCAUGUGUCCAUGCAAUUUCGCAAAUCGUUGUACAUGUUUCACUAUCGAUUUAGAAUCUUAAAAAGAAAAGGUCUAAUGUAUCUUUCAGUAGGAGCAGCAGCGAAAGAGCUAUUAUUGUUUGCCUUGUCACAGUCUCACAUUUUAUUUGUUCCCCAUAUGGUGGACCAAUCAUAGUGUCGGAUUGCGUAUGUUUUCUCCCUUACGGAGGCACGCGUAUACCACUUAUAUAGGAUCCUACCUUCUAAGGGGUUGGCAAAACAUGACAUGCCUUUGGGUGGAAACACACAGAUAAGAUAAUUACUUGAAUUUUGACAACCCUAAAUAGCCGAAAGGGAUAGUGCCAUACAUUAGAAAGGGACAGCACGAUACGA